AUGGCACAUAUUCCCCAAUCAACAGCCAUUUUCUCGCCCUCCAUAGCCCGCAUAGCGGCUUCCACGGCCAAAGACUGGAGCUACGUCGACAGCUGGCUCGCCUCAAAAUUCAAAGGCCGUGCAGUGCCUCCUUUUGAGCGGAACCCCGAGACCCUCAAGGCCCUCCUUGCUUUAGCCUCAUUGAACGAAACUGCAGACGAAGAGCGUGAAGUCGUCUCCCGGUCCGAAGCCGCGGCUCUCCGGGAACUUGACGCUGCUCGCGACCUACAGCUCGAUACCCAUUCCGAACCACUCCCCACUUCCGCCACGGUCCGCGAGAGGAUCGUCAUCGCCGUUCAGGAUCACCUCACCCGGGAGGGGAGCACUGCACUCAACUCCAUGGCCACGCUAUCAUGCCAGCUUUCCGUUGCCUACCCGAAUGUCGAAACUCUCGGCCGCGCCAUGAUAGAUCUCCAUGCCCAGGCCUCAGAGCUCGAGCAGAUGAGGGUUCGCACACACAUUCUUCUCAAGCACGUUGAGCAAGAGUCAGCCGCGGCAGAUGAGUUAUUACGAACGCUGCGCAGCGAUGAUUACAAGCCCGUGCAUGACCUGGCCCGUCAGAACCUUGACAUGCAGAGGAAAAUCAAGGCCAUGGCUGCCCGUCUACCCGACUUAAGAGACCGCAUGUCGAUUCUCAACCAGUCGCUCACGCCGCCCCACCCUACCAUCGAGCAGAUCUCCCGGGAAGAGAACGACUUUCUUGCCCUUCUUGCUCUGAAGAAUGGUCUGGAUGCCCAGAUUCAUCAGUUCUCGAGCCUGCCAGACGAUGUGCAAAGGGCUCGAGUGGAGCUUGACAAUUUGCGCGCCGAGGUCCGCAAUGUCACCCAGCGGCGUGAUGCAAUAUUCGAAGGCUUGGUUGAGAGGGAAAGUCCCCGCAAGGGCCGCUGA